AUGGGCUCUGAACGCGUCACACAAGUGCCUGAAUUUAAUUGGUUGUGGCGCUGUCUGUAUAUACAGGGCCCUCCCUCACCUGGUAGACAUCAUGUUUUCCUUCCGGUUCACACCUCGCUGUUUGCUGGCGCUGCACACCAGCCGCUUACUAAUGCGCUCUUGAAUGAUGCGCUUAACGACGCACUAAUCGCUGAUCGAUCCUUCUUGUGUCGCCAUGUACCUGGGGAUCAGAAAGGGGAAAUGAAAGACGGUAAGCCCCGCUCCCUCAGAUUCACUUGGAAUAUGAGAACCACCAGCUCCAUGGAGCCCUGCGACAUCAUGAGGGAGAUCCGCAAGGUGCUCGACGCCAACAACUGCGACUACGAACAGCAAGAGAGUUUCCUGCUCCUCUGCGUCCAUAGCGACGGGCGGGUCGAGAACCUGGUCCAGUGGGAGAUGGAGGUCUGCAAGCUCCCCCGUCUCUCCCUGAACGGCGUCCGCUUCAAAAGGAUAUCCGGGUCGUCCAUCGCUGUCAAGAACAUUGCUUCCAAAAUAGCCAACGACUUAAAACUAUGAACAAAAGGACUUAAAAGAUAAGUAAAAAAAAA